GCGGCGAUAGAGGCCAAGCAGAUCAGUCUGCGCGAGUCUCUCGAGUAGUGAACGUUGUGCUUUCUGCCGUGCCGUGUCUUUGGAUGCGUUCACUGCCCUAUCUAUUGAAACGUAUUCUUUUGCUUCAGGAUCUUUUGUUCUUUUCCCCACAUACUGUUCGUUAUCAAGCAUAGAAAAUUUGCCAAACUCUUCCUUAACUUUUAUUUAAAGGAGAAAGAAGAGACGAGAGAAGUUGCUCAUACAGCAGGAACUUGUCGAACACAGAUGGUCAGAGGACUCUUUGUUUCAGGGUCGUUGCCUGAUAUCGCAGUGACGAUGGCAUCAGGAAGAGAAAUUUACGGUGCAUUCAGUUUAAUUGUGGAUGACGUCGAUUCUCAUUCGAUAUCAAGCGAGAACUCGGAUUUAGAUGGUUUAUCGAAUGUAAACAGCUCUCAGAAUUCAUCGCCUCAAACUCCACUGGACAGUCCAGGCGGACCUCGAGAAAAAAUUAAACAAAUGCAAGUGGAAGCCGAAACUAGAAGAGGAGAAUUCGCAAGGCUACUCGAAGAACAUGCUCAAGUAGUGAGAAAGUUAAAAAUGAUGGAGGCCGAAGAGCAGCUCUCAGCAACCGGAAACGUAGUGGGAGCUACGCACGCGUGAUUCUAUCAUUAUUGGUCGCGUAAAGCAGUUGUAUGAUUGGGACCACCGCGCCUUUGCGAUGCGCGUCGAUUCUUUAAAUGCGAUGGCAAAUUACAAAAUUUCCGAAAAAUGUUGCGUGAGAUUAAAAAUACUUUUUUGCGAUACUGAUAAUACCACGAUUGAACAGAAAAUACAGCAAUGUUAAAAUGUAAGAGAAAACUAUUUUUUAAACAAGCAUAUUUCUAUGGUAUAGAAGUUAUUAAUUUCUACAAAAUGAAAUUUAUGGGAAUUAUUUUUAAACAACCAUUUGCAAUGGGAAAUGUUGCUUUGAAUAAAAGCGAUCAAAAUUGUAUGAAAAUUAGGAGCAAAAUUCUUGAUCAACAACUGCUUACCCUUAGAAAAUUUGGUUAGAACUUUAUAGCCAUGAGGAAAAUCGUGGCGCGAUGGUUCAGUCCUUAAAUGUGAAACGAAGUUAUUGCGCCUCGCUCUAAUUACAUCCGAAGCGCCGCAACGUUUCCACGUUCGUUUUUACUUCAUAAAAAGGAGACUUCUACUUUGCAAACAGCAGAUUUAUAAAAGUAAAAACGAUCAAUCGAAACUUUGUUAUAUUGCUCAUUACACUAGAAGAAUUUGGCACAAUGUUCAAAAUUAAUUAGUUCGAGAAGAUUAUCUCGAUUUGCGUUUAUCAUGAAGUCUGAAAAACUUCUUGUAUAAGACAAUAAUAAAAAACAAUCGGUAUACAUUCUUGAAACCAUGAGAUGUAUCCGAUGUAUGAACAUACGCAGCAAAAAUGGCUGGCCUAAAAGUGUAGUACAAACUUUCAAAAAACAAGGAACGAGGAAUAGUACUAACCUGAAUAGCGAGAAUCUUCGGUUUUAGCACUGAUUUUAAUACGCGAUCAUUUAUAGGAUAUUUUCAUUUCCAAGGAAAACGUCGAAAUCAUAACUACGUAGUACAUCUCGAUCAAGUACAAGCUUCUACAUUUUAUAGCAUUGUAUAUUUGAGUGUUCCAUAUGUAUAAGUAAAUAAUUUUAUAUACCAUAAACGUACGUACAUAUGAUAGCAUAGGACUCUAAGCCUGCCGUAACACACGUAAACUUUCUGUAAAUAGAUUUCUUUUUUAAUAUGAUACAUCUCAUCGUCUAAGGUGUUUAUCCACAAGAAGCCUUACAAUGCAGUUAUACAGUAAAAAAACAUCGUUAUUGAGAACCUUAUUUCGCGGUAUCUUAUAAAAUACUAAAGGUUCGAGUUAAAUACGGACCAACAAAUCACGAGUAUGAUCUUUCUUCGUUUUCACGUGCACACUGCAUCAGUUUUUAUUGACAUAAAUUAGGUAUUAUUAGGCAUUUAUAGAAAUAUGCACAUAUACAUAUGUAAAAAAGUAUAUAAAUAGAAAUAUUCGGCAUAUAUGUUAACCUCGCUAUUAUUAAGAACUCCUUCAAUAUAAUAAAUCGAGCACGCAAUGUAAAAAAUAUGUAAUCUCGCUCUUUUUCCCGGUAAUGUUAUUUUUUAAUCUUUAAAAAUUAGUUUUCGGAUCAAAAGUAUAUGUUUGUUCAACUUGAUAAUGAAAGAAUGGAACAAUAUUUCAAAGAAUGCAAAAUAAAUAGAUAAUUACUGUUUCUGUUAUCAUAUAAUAGUCUGUAAUAAUAAAGUUUGUAGUAAGAUCUUAGAAAAUAAACAUUAUGUAUUGAA